GUGUGUCCGAGUGUCUUCAGAUCAUUCAACAGACACCAUGACACUGCUGGCUCUGCUGCUGAUGGUCGGGGCUGCUGUGGCAGUUCCCCGUGAGGACGGACGCAUCGUUGGCGGACACGAGUGUUCUGCCCACUCCCGUCCUUACAUGGCCUCCCUCAACUAUGGCUACCACUUCUGCGGUGGGGUGCUCAUCAACAACCAGUGGGUGCUGUCUGUCGCCCACUGUUGGUACAAUCCCUACUACAUGCAGGUCAUGAUGGGAGAACAUGACCUGCGCAAGUUCGAGGGCACGGAGCAGCUCAUGAAGACCGACACCAUCAUUUGGCAUCCUCAAUAUGACUACCAGACUCUGGAUUUUGACAUCAUGCUGAUCAAGCUCUACCAUCCUGUGGAGGUGACCAAUGCAGUCGCACCCAUCUCACUGCCCAAAAACUGUCCAGUGACGGGAACCCCCUGCUCUGUGUCUGGCUGGGGGAACACUGCCCGGGAUGGAGAGGAUGUGUACAUGCCCACCCUGCUGCAGUGUAUGGACGUGCCCAUAAUUGAUGAAGCGCAAUGUAUGGAGUCCUAUCCUGAUAUGAUCUCACCCAGGAUGGUGUGUGCCGGGUUCAUGGAUGGACAAAGAGAUGCGUGCAACGGUGACUCCGGCAGCCCUCUGGUGUGUCGUGGAGAAGUCCAAGGCCUGGUGUCAUGGGGUCAGGGAUGUGCCCAACCUGGCUACCCCGGCGUCUACGUCAAGCUGUGCGAGUUCCACGCCUGGAUUGAAGACACGCUGGCGGCCUACCCCUGAGGACAGAACGUUUUCUGUCCUCGCUUCUUCCAUUUUCUUUUCUUUUCCUUCUCUUUCUCUCGUGACUUGUCUCCUCUGACGUUUCCCCCUCACAAAUCCAGACUCAGCACACAUGUGCCGAAAUAUACAAAAACACAAUAAAACCAUUUGGUAUGUGUUCACCUUCA